AUGUCCGUCUCCGAAGCCAAGUUCAACAAAGCUGUCCAGAUCAUCCAGGGUCUGCCCAAGGACGGGCCCGUGAAGCCGACCCAGGACGACCAGCUGUUCUUCUACAAGUACUACAAGCAAGCCACGGUGGGCGACGUGAACACGUCCAGGCCGGGCAUGCUUGAUUUUGUAGGCAAGGCGAAAUGGGACGCAUGGAAGUCGGUGGAGGGCACGUCACAGGAUGAGGCCCGCACCAAGUACGUCGAGAAGUUGUUCGAGAUCCUCAACGCGUCUGGGGACGAGGAAUCGAAGAAGUACAUCGCAGAUAUCGAGGCUGCGUAA